AUGUAUAUUUUUUGUAGUUUUCAAGCUGCCAAUUUAAACAAUAGUUCUCUUGAAUUUUUAUCUCCGCCACAAUCUCAUUUUUCACUUGAAAUACAAACUCAAGUUUUACAUAUACAACAUUUACUUCUUGGAACACAACAAACUCUGACUCUACAACAGCCUCAACCUUCGAAUCCUGAGGUAAACCAUCAUCAUCAAAAUGCACUCGUUAUUCCUCAACCAUAUAAUCAAGCACAAUUUAAUACAAGAUUUCUUUAUAAUUACAACAACAACAACAAUGCAUUAGGUGAAAACCUUGAUUUUGUGAUUCUAAACUUAAAUGAUACCAUUAAAAAUCUUUCAAGAAUUUUGAAUGAUUAUGGUAUUUUGACUGGACUUCUCAAUAAUGAAAUUCAAAAUAUAAAUGCUCUUAAUAGAAAUGAACUUAUUAUUCCACCAAACAAUCAAGCAGAAUUUGAUCCGAACAAUCAUAAUAAUGCAUUAGUUGGGAGUCUUGAUGACGUUGUUCUAAAUUUAAAUGUUAUUAGUAAAAGUCUUUCAGAAUUUUUGAAUGAUAAUCGUAUUUUAGCUGGACGUCUUGAUUAUGGGAUUCAAAAUAUCCCAAGGCUUCCUUAUAAUUAUUACAGCAACAACAACAAUCAUAACAUUGCACACCUUGUUGGAGCAGUUCAAAAUUUAAACAAGAUUAAUAAAAAUAUUUCACAGAUUUUGAAUGGUCAUCGUGUUUUAAGUGGACAUCUUGAUAAUGGAAUUCGAAAUAUCUCAAGACUUCCUUAUAAUUAUUGCAACAACAACAACCAUAACAAUGAGCAUAUUGCCAAUGUGGUUCUAAGUUUAAAUGUUCUUAAUAAAAGCCUUUCAGUGAUUUUGAAUAAUUGUGGUAUUUUGGAUGGGCAUCUUAAUGAUGAAAUUCAAAAUAUAAAUGCUCUUAACAAAAAUCUCUCAAAGAUUUUUAACAAUUUUAAUCAAUAA